AUGAAUGAGACAGAAGAGGAGGAGCAAGCCCUAGAAGGGAACCCUAAUAGGAAGAUCAGAGAGAGAACCUCUAGCAAGAAUAUCUGGAAGAGAGAGAAGCCUGAUGAAGGUGUUGGUGAAGAUGCGGGGGAAUAUGUAGAAGAUGGUGUUUAUGAAGGUGCAGAUAAAGAUGUGGGUGGUGUAGAUGGUGAAGGUGAAGGAAUAUAUGAAGGUGAAGAUGGUGAUAAUAAUUCAAGUGAGGGUGUUGAGGACACUGAGGGUGUUGAGCACACUGAGGGUGUUGAGCACACUGAGGGUGUUGAUCACACUGAGGGUGUUGAGCACACUGAGGGUGUUGAUCACACUGAGGGUGUUGAGCACACUGAGGGUGUUGAGCACACUGAGGGUGUUGAUCACACUGAGGGUGUUGAGCACACUGAGGGUGUUGAUCACACUGAGGGUGUUGAGCACACUGAGGGUGUUGAGCACACUGAGGGUGUUGAGCACACUGAGGGUGUUGAGCACACUGAGGGUGUUGAGCACAGUGAGGGUGUUGAGCACACUGAGGGUGUUGAGCACACUGAGGGUGUUGAGCACACUGAGGGUGUUGAGCACACUGAGGGUGUUGAGCACAGUGAGGGUGUUGAGCACACUGAGGGUGUUGAGCACACUGAGGGUGUUGAGCACACUGAGGGUGUUGAGCACACUGAGGGUGUUGAGCACACUGAGGGUGUUGAGCACAGUGAGGGUGUUGAUCACACUGAGGGUGUUGAGCACACUGAGGGUGUUGAGCACAGUGAGGGUGUUGAGCACACUGAGGGUGUUGAGCACACUGAGGGUGUUGAGCACACUGAGGGUGUUGAGCACACUGAGGGUGUUGAGCACAGUGAGGGUGUUGAGCACACUGAGGGUGUUGAGCACAGUGAGGGUGUUGAGCACACUGAGGGUGUUGAGCACACUGAGGGUGUUGAGCACACUGAGGGUGUUGAGCACAGUGAGGGUGUUGAGCACACUGAGGGUGUUGAGCACACUGAGGGUGUUGAGCACACUGAGGGUGUUGAGCACACUGAGGGUGUUGAGCACACUGAGGGUGUUGAGCACACUGAGGGUGUUGAGCACACUGAGGGUGUUGAGCACACUGAGGGUGUUGAGCACACUGAGGGUGUUGAGCACACUGAGGGUGUUGAGCACACUGAGGGUGUUGAGCACACUGAGGGUGUGUGA